AAUCCAGCCAUUCCAUUGAAUUAAAAAGACCAUUGCCUCCCUCUUCCCUCGGAUCUCUCUCGGUCUCCUCCUCUGCCGGAUAAAGAAACCCCAUGGAGCGAGCACCAACCCGAACCGAAUCCGAAUAUUUUCUCGGACUAUCCGCACACUUCUUGACCCUCCGGAACCUACCCAUGUGCCGGCAAUACGCCCUCCGAGUCAGAGAAUCCGGCACCGACAAACACUCCGUCGCCGAGCAGAUCCUCGCCGUCGCCGACGUCCUACUCUCCGCCGAGAACCGCCUUUGUAAUAGACAUCUUGACUACUUGUCCAUCCUCCAAAUCCGACGGGCCGACUCCGGGAACCGCCACCUCGUUCAGAGCCAGUACGAGAAGCUCGCGGCUCUCCUUAACCCAAACGUCAACAAGUUCGCUUUCUCCCAGGACGCCAUCGGACUCGUCUGGGAAGCUUGGUCCGUGCUCUCCGACCCAGAAAAGAAGGCCCGGUACGAGAAGGAAAUCGGCUUGCCGGAAAAGCGCAACGAGCACAAGGAGAAGAAAGGGACCGAGAGCGAGGGUACUGACACAUUCUGGACCUUGUGUCCGUACUGUUACUGCAUGUACGAGUACGAGAAGAAUUACGAGGGAUGUUGCCUUAGGUGCCAGAACUGUAGGCGGGCGUUUCAUGGGAUGGCGGUAAAUGCGCCGCCGACGAGUAUAUUGGUGGAGGAAGGGACUGGGAAGGAGCGUUACCAUUGUUGCUGGGCCUAUUUCCCUCUGGGGUAUAACAAAGGAGCGGCGAACUGUAGGAAGGGGAAUGCCGGAAUCGAUGUGGGAGGGGAGAAGAGGAACGUGAAUACUGUGGCUAGGAAAACCAAUAAUAUUAUGAGGAGUAGGAGGAAUGGCUUGGGAAGAACGAAUUCGAACUUGGAAUUUGAAGAGGCAAGUGGGAGUGGAAAUCGUGAGGGUGGGUUGGAAUUCUAUGAGGGGGAUGAUGAUGUCUAUAUUGGUAUAGUGGCUACGCCCUGACGCUUGAUGAUGAGAAUUGGAAAUGCAGAGGAACUCAACUCAAUAGGUUUGUAAAAGUAGUUCCUUUCUUCGUAUUCUUGUCUAUAGGAUUUAGCAUGACUUAGCAAGUAGUGCUGGACAGGGGAUUUUGUGUGUUAGUUGCCUCUUCAGUUGGAAAAUGAAAGGUAAAUUACCAUCUUAUAGUUGCUUUUGAGUAAGAUUGCUUUCAUUUUUGAGUUCAAAACGAAUGCUAUAGUUAUGAUAUAUGGUUGAAGAUGAAAAAGGUGAGGAAUUGUGUUGGUAAUAGUUUUCAAUGAUUUGCUUCCUGUUUGUUUACAGUAAUUUAUUCAUGCGGUUGUAAAUUAUGCGUUACUUUUGAGAAUUGGUCUGAUCCUGUUGUUGAGCAAUGCUUGUAGUGAAUGUUGUCGAAGAUCUACUCAAUGCGUUCAGCAAAAACAAAAUUUUCAGACAUCGGUCUUCUCUGAACUUCUUUGAAACCUAGAAAUUUCUUUUACACCUGUCCCACACCAAUCAUUUUUCUUUUCCUAUUCAGAUUCCUGAAAGUACUUGCUUCCAUUCCAUUUGUUCUUCUCAGUUGUUGAGCUCGUCAAUAUAUUGUAAUUGGUUUUGGAAGAUGCAGUCUUGGCUAUCGGUCAUCCACUCUUCUUCUUCAAUAUAACCGAAAAUGUAUAGACUACUGGUUUUUUAGUGAGAUGGUAUUUGUAGCACCAAUUUCCUCUCAAAAUAAAAACUAUUGAUGUACACCAUAGGAGUUGCUUGUUGUGCCUCUAUUCAGGAUGUUUUGCACAGAAUCCGUAUAAUUAAUAAUUUGCUUUCUAAUGAACUUUAGAAGCUUGCACUUGGGGUUGAGUUGUAGCACGUACUUUUACUAAUCAUAGCUUUCGAGUGAGGUGUCAUAUCUUACAAGUGGGUUAAUCAUCAAAUAAAAUAAAAAAACAAGUGGAUUGUCCAGCUUCUGUACACUUCCUACUUCAUGUAUGCUUGCGUUCAUUUUUUGCAAAGGUUUCCAACUACCAAGAGCAUCGGCUUUCCUGCUAUUUGGUCAAAAUGCUUAACUAAAUCAUGUAUUUGUGUUAGCUCAAAUUAUCACUAUUCGUCACGUAAAAGACGCUGUUAAAGGCACUAUCAAAACUAGAUCACAUCCUGCCAGCCUUUGAACAAAGCUUUUUUUGGGCUGAAUCAAGCAGAGUAUUGAAUAUUGAAUGUGGUGUUUAUGGUUGGAAAGCAAUGGGCCGUGCUUUGAAGAUAGAGAACAGUCGUUGAGAGGAAUUAGAGGGUUUUUCUUUUGUACCUUAUGUCUUUGUGCGAAGGUUAUUGUUUUGAAUGGGGACAACUUUCAUGAUCUUCUUUUAGCUUCUACCAGUUCCUAGCAAGUGUUUUUUCUUGUAUGCUUCCUGUGUACUUAGGCUAUGCCUAUUUACUUGACUCAAGAAAACUUCUUAUUACUUAUAUAUAUAUAUAUAUAAAGAGUAUUGAAUAUUGAAGCUUGGUUUGCUUAAUAAUUUUAAUACGAGUCGAAUUUGAGCUCAUGACUGAGCUAUGUUCUACAUUCAGUCUGUUCCUUAGAUUCUUUUAGCAAGCAUAAUCUCGAGAAUAUAGAAAAGGAACCUUGGCUUGUCUUUUUCAAUCAGUUGUCUAAAGAUUGAAAUCUGAUUUCAGAUUUUUCCUAGAGGAAAUAUUGGAUUAUAUCAACCAUUUUAGAUUAUAUGAUCUUAUUUUUAAUCAUAAAAUCCACAGGUUUGUUAAAUGCCAUUUUUUUUAUAAGUGUGUUAAAUGCCAUUGAUGAGGUUUAAUACCCAAUCUCCCUGACUUAAUUAUAAAUAUCCUCGUUAAAUUUGCUUCAAAUGGCAUCACGAAAGCAAAUAUUUUUCUUCAUAGUGGAAGGCAAAUUCUGUAGGGGCAAAUUUGUUCUCACUCCAUGGCUCUACAACAACAGGUUGCAUUUCUUCUUACUGUUUAGUUUCGAAGUUGCAAGUCAGGGACGUGUACAUACAAACUAGCAUUUCUCGAGGACUUAUCUCAACUGAUUCCAUGGGCAGCAGAUCAUUCUUCAAACCAAAAUCAAAAGUCAGACCAAACAACUCAAUGCCAAGAAGCACAGCAAGGCAGAGAGGAGACAUAGGAGGCGAAUCAAUGAUCAAUACCACACUCUUCACAAGAUCCUCCCAAACUUAAUCAAAGAUUGUGUGUAAUUCAAAUGAACAGACAACAAGGCAACGGUGCUUGCGGAGAUGGUGAGGCAAGUGAGGGGGUUGAGGAAGACGGCCUCAGAUUUGGAAGCAGUAUGCGAUGGUACUAGCAAUAAGGACUGCAUAUUCCCAUGCAAGGCAGACAAGCUGAGUUUGGAACACUGAUGAUGAUUGGGAGGCAGUUAAGGUCAUGUUCAGCUGCGAGGAUAGGCCAGGAUUGAUGUCAGCCAUGGAAAGGGCACUCAGGUCAGUGCAAGGGAGGCUGGUGAGGUCUUAGAUGGUGACAGUGGGGGGGAGGACCAAGAGUGUGUUGUGGGUGCAAGGGCUAAGUGGUGGCAAUGCUGAAGGGAUUGUAAAGCUAAGGAGAGCUUUGAAGUGAGAUCAUAGACAGGCCCAUCUUGCCAGGGAUCGCGAAGAAGCGACAGCUCGCUCAAUGAAAACCUUCAGUUAAUGCAUGAAUUCCAUAGCUCUAGAUACAUCAUAAGAUGGGUGGUUUAAAAAACUGAUGGUUUCUCCAGUUCAGAUGUUUCUUGUUUUAUUUUCAUUUUCAUUUUCAGUUUAGUAAUUCUAUCUGAAUCCUGAUAAUGUUGAUUGGUAA